GAAGAAAGCUGUUUGGCCUUCAUUGAUUGUUGAUUGUCUGAAACUGCCGAUCAACUGCAAAAUGGUUGAAAGACUGAUUAGUCUUAAAUAUCUCAAUCCUCAUAUAACAUGUAACAUAUGUAAAGGUUAUCUUAUUGAUGCUACAACGGUAACUGAAUGCCUUCACACAUUUUGUAAAAGUUGUCUUGUAAAGCAUUUGGAAGAACGCAAUACCUGUCCAUCAUGUCAUCUCAUCAUUCACCAGAGUCAUCCAUUAAAUUACAUCGCUUACGAUCGGACAAUGCAGGAUAUUGUAUACAAAUUAGUGCCCAACCUACAGUUGAAUGAACAGAAAAGAGAACGCGAAUUUUACCGGAAAAGAGGCCUACCUUACCCUAAAGCAAAUUCAAAUUCGUAUUCUAAUAGCAAUGAUAAAGACGUUUACAAGUACCAAAAUGAAUCUAAUACAAAUGAAGAGAAUAGUGACUAUCACCGAUCAGAUGAACAAGUUAACAUACUUCUGGAAAGUCAAAGUGGUUGCAAUCUUAAGCAGAUGAAACGUAAAUAUAUUAGAUGCUCAUCUCACGCUACUGUCACGCAUCUCAAAAAGUUUGUAGCUAAAAAGCUUUUCAAUAAUUUCGAAAAAUAUAAGGAGAUUGAUAUACUUUGUAAUGAUGAGCUACUAGGUAAAGAUCACACACUUAAAUUUGUAUGGGUUACAAGAUGGAGAUACAAGGAUCCACCACUCAGAUUGAGCUACAGGCCCAAGAUAGACUUCUGAUUUUCUUCUCGUCCAAUCGCUGCAUCUUGGCAAUGAAAUUGUGAUUAUAGUAUUUAUUAAGUCUCUGAAUAUGAGCAAUAACACCAGAUUACAGUCAACUGGAAUCAAGUCAUUUUUGUUUCAUGAACUACUUCAGGAUCCCCGGGACUAUCUUUUCUCCAGUUGUCAUUUUUUUGCUGAAAAGUUUCCGUAAAAGAUCGAUUUGUCGCGGAUACAUUUUUCCCUUUUGUGAAUGUUUGUUGGAUCUGACCAUUUGCCACUUAAAAAGACCUUGGAAAUCAAAUCAAUUACUUUUCAGGCGAUGAAAUUACACCAAAUAGUUUUUCUUUAUAUUUUCGCUAACGAGAUUACAAUCACCUAUCAAGAUCUAUCUAUUUCGAGUUUCACUUGUUGAUCAGGGAGACUCAUUAUAUCCAUUGAUUUAAAACAACUGAAUGAAAGCUAUCUAGUAUUUAUUAAAUUUACAUGGUGAUUUGAUUGUCUAAAAAACACUUGUGCAUCUUUGUGUAAAAAUUUAAGAUACUCCGAUCCUCCAAUCUAAACCUCUGUAGGUUGUUUGCAUUGUUUGCACUAAUUUGCAUAAAUUCCAAUUAAUUUCUUUCUCAAAA